AAAAUUGAAUUUAGUCGCGCUUAUGUACUUGACUUUUCAACUUUUUUGUCCACGUUUUUCUCUUGCACCACUCAACCAAUUCAACCGAAUGACACGGUUGACUAUUUUUGUUUUAGCGUGAAAUUUACUCUCUCGCUCAACAUCGUUAGAUUAGGCGCGGAGCGCCUCAAUCAAACAGACCUAGUUUAUCAUUUUAUCAUUUUAUAGUAUUCAUUUUAAUCGUCUAAUUGUUAGCCUAGAAUGACAAGUGGCACGCAAGUAAAUCGCGUUUGGUUAGGUUUCGCAUGUUAAAAAACGACACGUUUGACAGAAGCAUAUUUUAUUAAUAUAAUGUUAACCUGCGAAGCGCCUGAUUGUCUUUCAAACGAAAAUACUAAAAUUGAUGGUAAAGAGAUUUUAUUGUUUCCUUGCCCUGAAGAUGUUGCGCAGAAGGAUCAAUGGAGACAGAGUUGUAGGUUAAGUGAAAACAUUGGAAACGAUAAACCUUUCUAUGUUUGUGAACUGCACUUUGAAGAAAUGCAUUUUACAAGUUCAAAGGAAUUGAAACCUGAUGCUGUUCCAACUAUUUUCAACAAAACAGAGGAUUACCAAAGAAAACGUAAAGCUGAAGAUGUGUUCGAAGCCGAAUCACCUAAAACUCCUCUGUUAAAGCAAAAGAAAGUAGACAAUGAUUCACGUAGUUUAGUGACUCCUCCGCAAAGUCCUGGUGUGCAGUUAAUAAAAAAUGUUGAAGAAAUGAAUGGAGAAAAUAAGUUGGACAUAUCUUCUAAUUAUGAAAUAUUAAAUGACUGUGCCCACUCAAAAUCUGAAUUAUAUCAAGAUGUUAAGCUGGGAAACAAAGUAUAUCGUUUAACUAUACAGAUAGAUAAAAUAUAUGGUAAACCUUGUCCAAAAUCAAAGAAACUCAUGGCAUUGGCACAAAUAAUGAAGAAAAGCCCGCUUCUUGAAAAUUUAAUCAAUAUAGACCAAAGAGAUCAGUCUUCAGAAAAAGUUAACGGGAAAGCAAUUUGUGCAAAGGGUGGUUGCAAGCUAAAAAAGUCUGUUUACGACUCGAAACCAGCUUUUCAGUGCGAACACUGCGAUAAAUACUAUGUAAUAAAAAAGAACGCUAAUCAAGAAGAAAAGAACGUCUGCUACAUAUGCCACAAAGCAUUUCCAUCUUUGCAAUCUUUAUUCUUUCAUACUAAAACUCAUUAUGUAUGUGAUAUAUGUCAGACUGAAUGCAAUUCACAAGUGACAUACGAUAAACAUGUGAGACUGCAUGUGAGCACAGAUCCAUUGUAUCCAUAUAAAUGUCAUCAGUGUACAGAAACAUUUGAAAUUAAGGAUGAUAUAAAACAGCACUGUAUAAUUGUUCACCCUACAAUAAAAUUGCAGAACACAGUUCUGCAAGUAACUACACCACCUUUAGCUCAACAAGUGCUUCAACCACAGGAUUACCGUUGCGUCACUUGUAAUAUCACAUUUAGAAAUGAACAAGCCUAUAGGAACCAUAUCAAUUCUCACAAAAGUAAAGAAGGUUUACGAUGCAGUAUUGGAGAUAGCCCGAAUAACAUAUUCCCAGUGCCUAGCCCUUUAACUGGUAGUCAAAUAGGUAUUCUUCGUGCUGUAAAAUUUAGCUGUAGAGUGUGUUCUAUGGAAUUCGAUAACGUGGGCGAAGUAGACAAACACACGAGGACUCACUUAGAAAAAGACGCCGACGAGGAUCACAAGUGCAAUAUUUGUACAAAAACAUUUAAAACAAUUGCUCAACUCAAUGAACACUUAAAAUAUCAUCUGGCUCGCGCACAUUCUUGCCCAGUAUGUUCCAAAGCUUUUAUUAAUAGAACAACUUUGAACAUACAUUUAAAAACGCACGAAACAUAGAUAUAACAAUCUAUUUACUAAAAGUUAGAUUAAGUAGAAACUGUGUAUCAUCUACUUAUUUGUUUUUCGAUACGUAUUAUUUCAAUCGGUAAGGUUCCUGAAAGUAGAAACUUUUGUAUAAUAGAUAUUAAGAUUAUCACUUGUAUUGGUAUUUAUAGCCAAUAAUGAAAGCAUUAUGUAUGAUUACAUAGACUAUUAAACUUUUGAACACUACUGCUCGUGUUCUAUUUUAUGCAAUAAAAUUUAGAUA